AUGGCAUCAACAGCAACGGGGCCUCUACCCCUGACAACCACCUUUACUCCACCGCAAGGAUGCCUCCAUGAUCUCUGGGCUGCCAUGAGCGGCGGCUCAACCUGGAUGAAUCUGGGACCCAUCAACACCGCCGAAUGUCUACCAUCCGGCUGGGCCCCGGCCUCGUACUUCUCGCCUGGCGUUUGUCCGAGUGGGUAUGCCAUUGCCAGUGAAUCAACCGCAGAGAGUGGGACGGCGACGCAGACGAUCGCAACAUGCUGCCCAGUCGCGCAAGUGCCUGCAUUGCAAACCAAUGAGGUCUGCGAGUGGACACUACCAUCCAACAUCCAGACCACGUACAACUACACCUGGACAGAUGGGCGUGGCUCGACGUCUUCGGCUCUGGGCACUAUGGGAAGCAAUGGAAUCUUGAAUGCAUAUGGUGUCGAAAUCCGGUGGCAGUCGACUGACACCGGCUCAGUGCCGGCCUCGGCAACCGCAACAACCACACCGACCAGCACAGACAUACCGUACAGCGUCACCGACGAGGGCUUGUCGACGGGUGCCAAAGCAGGCAUCGGAGUUGGUGUUGCAGUCGGUGUGGUUUUGGUCAUCGCCCUUACAUUGGGCUUUUUACUAUUCCGGCGACGACAGCGCCAGACUCAGAGACAUGAUUCUUCGUCAGAUGUCGAUGGUCCGGAUGCGCGAGCUGCUAACAAGGCACCCGUCGAAUUGUCCGCGGCAAGGCAUACUAACUCGUUCGUUUAUGUGAAGCCAGAACUGGCGUCAACCUCACUGCUAGAAAUGGCAAGCACCCCCGAGGCGUCUCAUGCUCAGCCGUCUGAAGCGGCCGAGUUAGAUGGGCAAAGUGCCAGGUGA